AUGGCUACAGAAGCCAGCCAGCCAGCAGAGCCGCCAUUCCUGGAGUCCCCUGGAGCAACGGAAGGGAGGGGACCCACCCCCGGACAGACAGCAGUCCCGGAGUACCCCGUUUCUGCCUUUCCAAGCUGGCAGCCGGAUGCCCCAGGCCAAACAGCCUUCCCGGAUUGUCACUACCACUACCUGGAUACCAAGAAUUACCACGUCCAGCCUGUGGGGCCAGUGUACAACAUGAUGAACCCCUUCCCCUCCAUGGAAGCUGGCAUUUAUGGGAGCACAGGGCCCGGAGGGGCCGAGGAAGCGUAUGGUUCCAAAAUGACACCAGUCUUGGAUUAUGAGAAGUCAGUCUCUGAACCUCAAGCCUUGAACCUCUACCCACUUCCUGGAGGCAUCUGGAUGGAGCCAGGAGAAAACACCUCUUGUUCCCUUUCCUCUGGGAAUUAUCUGGCCACGUCGGCGGAGAUAGAUCCAGGGGAGCUGGCCCAGGCUCGGGCGAAGAUCCAGAAUAUGGAGCUGGCUCGUCUGCUGCAGCAGGACGAAGAUGGGGACAUGCUCCUCCAUCUGUUUGUGGCCCAAGGGCUCCGCCCACUGGCUUAUGCUGCCGCCGAGAUGCUCCGAGACUGUGGACAGCUGGAUGCCAAAGAGCAUCGGGGGAAGACUCCACUGCUUGUGGCUGCUGCAGCAAACCAGCCAGAAAUUGUGAAAGACCUGAUCAUGAUGGGAGCUGACAUCAACGCCGUGGACCAGAAGGGCCAGACCGUGUUGCACUUUGGCGCCACCUAUGGGCUACCUGGUGUCAUUGGUGCUGUUAUGAUGGCUGGUGUGUCUGUCAACAUGGAGGCCCGAAAUUUUGAAGGUCUGACCCCCUUACACUGUGCCGUCCUCUCUCACAACACGGCCUUCCAGGCCCAGGGGGUGGAGCCGACAUCUCAGCAUCGCCUGCAGGACCUGCUGUUCUGCAUCCAGCUCCUCCUUCAACUCGGAGCUGACUACAAGAGCCAGGACCUGAAGAGCAGCAAGACUGUCUUGCAUUUGGCUGUCCAGGCUGCAAACCUGCCCCUGAUCCAGUUCUUGCUUCAGCUGCCUGAUCCCCAGAUGUUUGUAAAUAUGAAGGCCCACGGGAACACGGCACUGCACAUGGCCACUGGCCUGCACAGGCACCCCUUGCAGAAACAAAUCGUUCAUCUCUUGCUGCACCACUGGGCGGAUCCCACUGCCCGGAACCUGGAGAACGAGCAGCCGGUUCACCUCUUGGCUUCGGGGCCGGCUACCGAGGAGGUGAGGAAGAUUGCAUAUGGGAAUAACGGGAAGAUAUCUGUUUGUUCCUUGCCUUUUACCAUCUCCAUGCUGGUGACAGCAAUCCUGAGCAUGUCUACUCAGAUUGAGCUGAAUACUCUCCAGGCCUAUGCUAAAGAAAGGACUGGACUUGAGCAAGGAGAGCAGAUGAAAAAGCUGGCAACUAACUCACAUGCUAUUGUAACAGAGAUGAGCUAA